AUGGGGCUGUUGGUUAAAAAUAAUAAUAAUAAUAAUACAAAAUUGAGAAGCAGCCCCAAGAGGCAAGUCAUUACAAAAGCCCGGAGGCGCCCCGACGGAAGGACAGCUUUGGAUCCCAGGAGGGGGAAGUUCUGGAGGAGAGGCAGCAAGCCUCCGUGCCCAGCGCAGGCCGCCGGGCCGAGCAGGGCGGCGGGUCUCUCGGGAGCGGCGUCCGGAACUUCGAGGCUCGGGGGGACGUCCCUGGCCCCACCGGGAGGCGAACCCUUCUCAAGGGCAAGGGGGGCCCGCCCUGGGCUCCGGUUCGGGCAAGCCAGGCUCCGGCUCGAACAAGGCGGGCCCCACCGCCGGCAGGGCCGGGGGAGGGGAACAAAGGGGCUAAGCGGGUUAGACCGCAGCAGCCCGGCCGACCUCACCCGGAGCCGGGGUCUCGCUCCCCGCACGCCGCCGGGCAUCCCGGGUCCGGCCCCCAGGCCUGGCCGUUCCGACCGCCUAAGGCGCUUCCGCCUCUCUGUCCCUCAAGCUCUUACCCGGGCUUGUCGUCCCAAACCGCUCCGGUCCAGCUCCAAGCAGGCCGCGGGCAGAGCCAGGCCCGGCCGCGGCCCUCGAGUUACCAGGAAGCCGCAGGCCGCGCAGGUCGAGCCGGGCAAGCGGCACAGGAAAAGCCGCGCCUCGUCCCUCCCCUUCCUCCGCGGGGACCUGGUGACAGGGAAGCGAGAGGUUCCCCCGACCGGCGGCAGCCAGCGCACGUCCGGUCCCCGGCACGCGGCUCCUCAGGCCCGCAGCUUAGAGGCCCGCGAGGUGCUGCCGGCGGCUGCGGCGGGGGGUGGCCGCGUCCAUCGCGAUCCCGGAGGGGGAAGGGAGGAGGGUCGGGCGAGAGCGGGGAGGGGAAGCUGCGGAGGGCAGCCGAGCUCGGUGGAGGCGGAGCAAAUCGACUCUCCCGGCAGCGACCCCACCGGCCGCCAGGUGGGGCGCUGCGGAGACCGGUCGGCCGGCGGUGCAGUAGCCCCAACCUGGGGAGCCGGGCGGCGGUAUCCGUGGCCGCCACUACUAGGACUCUCUGGCCCUGCGGGCCUCGGACGCCUCAGUCAGCUGUCGCUUCUCUGCCGUACGCCCGCACACUGGUGCACGCACGCUCAGCCUGUUUUGCACCGUGCCUACACACUUGGCGUGCUCCUGCUGUUAGGCCCCCACGCUACACGUCAUAGCUGUGGCCAACCUGUCCUUGCCGAACCCCGGCGGGCCGGGCAGCCCGUACUCCGCCGCGAGCUCCCCCUUCCCCGCGGGGCAGCCCUACUCGCGCACGGAAGUGCGUCGCGGGAGGAAAAGCAUCUCCCUGGGGUCUUAGGAGGCAAACCGCCCGCAGUUCACCAGAAGGAAAAACCUUUCACCACAACCCCGGGAAGUAAAUAUUUUCAAGCAUUGUCUCCGUUGCACUGAUGAGAGAACUGAGGCUCCAAAAAGCGUAAAUUCAGGCCCAGUGGCGUCCCGGUUUUUAUGUGGACAUAAGCUUUCAACUCAUUUGGAUAAACA